GUUGUACUGUUCCACCCGUGCUGCCGCUGGUCUGCUCUAAGCCACGGUCCAGAAAUGGUGUAGUAUUUCAGGAAAAAACAGCCAGGAAUAAGGGCCAGAAAGAGGAGAAAAUAUUUACGGUAACGGCACAGGAGAGCCAUUCAGAAGAGCCGGGGUUCAAAGGUGAGAAGAGCAGAGGGCACCAUGGAGAGUGAGCCGGGGGCCCCCGCCCCCACGGCCAACAGCACAGGGACCGUCACCACCACCACCUCCACCACCACCUCCUCCAGCACCACAGCUGCCAGCAGCAGUAGUACCUCUAACACUACUGCUACUGCUUCUACCGCUCCCUCCAGCAGCAUCAGCAGCAGUAACACCAGCAGUAGUGCCAGCAGUAGUACAGCAGCAGGGAGGCCAGCGGUGCCUCAGAUAUCUGUUUACAGCGGCAUACCCGACCGGCAAACGGUGCAGGUGUUCCAGCAGGCGCUGCACAGACAGCCGAACACAGCAGCUCAGUACCUGCAGCAGAUGUACGCGGCUCAGCAGCAGCAUCUGAUGUUACAGACCGCUGCCCUCCAGCAGCAGCACAACCUCAGCACCGCCCAGCUGCAGAGCCUGGCUGCUGUCCAGCAGGCCAAUAUCGCUGCUGGCCGGCAAAGCUCUUCACAGAACGGCACUUCAUCCCAGCAAACAGGAACAACUCAAGCGACGAUCAACCUGACCACCUCCCCGGCAGCUGCACAGCUCAUCAGCAGGGCCCAGAGCAUCAGCUCCACCCCCACCAGUAUUUCCCAGCAGGCUGUUCUGUUGGGCAGCCCAUCCAGCCCCACGCUCACAGCCAGCCAGGCACAGAUGUACCUGCGCGCACAGAUGGCCCAGCAGAAUAACCUGGUGCAGGUGGCCCGGAGUCUGGGCCGGGCGGUUCCUCUGUCCCCGCAGCUCAUCUUCACUCCAACCGCCACAGUGACGGCUGUCCAGUCAGAGAGCUCCUCGCAGGCUUCCUCACAGAAUCAGGUCCAGAAUCUAGCCAUCCGUGGCCAGCAGGGGGCGACCACGUCCUCCUCUCACACUCAGACCCUGCAGGCUCUCAGUCUUAAGCAGAGCCCUGUUCCCAUCCAGCCUGCCAAUCUGAAGAAUCCCGGCCAAGCUUUGCAGGCCUCCACUGCAGCAAAGGCCGGCUCCUCUGACAGUUCAUCUGAAGCCGGGAAGAAGGGGGACCACUCAGAACCCCGAGCCAUCAACAUGAGCCGCAACGUCACGGCUAUCAGCGCUCAGCCUCUGCUGGCUCCAGCAUACACGCAUAUCCAGCCCCACUCCCUGGUCCAGCAGCACAAGCAGCAGCAGCAGCAGCAGCAGCAGCAGUUUGUGGUCCAUCAGACUCAAGCCUCCCAGAGGGCCGCGGGACAGCUGCUGCAAACGGCCUCUAUUCAACCGUCUCAGCACCCCAUCCCUGUGCUGCCCAAACCUGCUCCACACCAGCCCUCCAUGCCCAGCCAGCAGGCCACCAUCUUCCACUCCACCAUCAGCCCCCACGCCCUCCACUCCUCUCUGAACCAUGCCAAAGCUCAGCCCGUCCAGCUCACUGCCAUCAACCUGCAAAUACAUCCAACAGCCUCUCGAAUGCUUCAGGACAAUAAAGAUAAACCGACCUCACUUGUGGUCAGAGAGAUGUGUCCACCCCCUGCCACACAGCAGCUGCAGCAGCAGCAGCAGCAGCAGCAGCAGCAGCAGCAGCAGCAGCAGCAGCAGCAGCAACAGCAGCAGCAGCAGCAACAGCAGCAGCAACAGCAGCAGCAGCAGCAGCAGCAGCAGCCUCCACCCGCUCCAUCUCAACCCACCAAGCCUGUCGAGCUGCCCAAAGUCGACCCACCCACACCAGCUGUCCAGCCACAAGCAGGCGGGGGCUCAACCAAGAGGCCGAGUGCUGCUCCACCUGGGACCCCACCUCCAGCCAUGACCUCAGGAAAUGAGAGCGAAGCGCCCACCGUGGCCGGCAGCACGCCGCAGAACGGCGAGAACAAACCGCCACAGGCCAUCGUCAAGCCGCAGGUCCUCACGCACGUCAUCGAAGGCUUUGUCAUCCAGGAGGGGGCCGAGCCAUUCCCCGUGUGUGUGGAGCGUCUGCCCAUUCUCAUAGACAGCCCGAAGAAGCUGGACCAUCAGCUCUCCUCAGACCCAGACAAGACCCCCGUCAGCAACACAGCAAACAGCGACUCGGAGCUCGAGGACAUGAACACAUCGGAAAAAGAACAGGAGCCCAAGCUGACGUGUGAAUAUUGCGGUUGGGUCGACUUCGCCUACACAUUCAAAGGCUCUAAAAGAUUCUGCUCCGUGGUUUGUGCAAAGAGGUACAACGUAGGCUGCACGAAGCGGAUAGGCCUUUUCCGUCCAGAGAGGAGUAAACCGACCAGUCGCUGGCGAAGAAGAUCUCAGGGCCGCGGCAUUGUAGAGGCGAAGAAGCAGAAGCUGUCCCCCUCCCCGCAGCAGACUCAGGGUGGCUCUGUUUCCUCGCCCCAUCCCUCGCAGCCCAGUCAGGAGGAGUCCAGCCCGUGUUCGGACAUGUCCAGCUACGAGGAGCCACCAUCUCCGCUCUCUGCAGCCAGCUCGGGGCCCCUGCCUCCCCCCCCGGCCCCGGCUCAGGUCCCCGUACACCGGCACCCGAGCAGGGCCUCGGAACAGGAGGUCUGUGCUGUCAGAGACUCGCCUUCACUCUGCUUCAUACCCAACGACCCCACCAAGUGGAACGUGGAACAAGUUUACGAGUUCAUCCGGUCACUGCCAGGCUGUCAGGAGAUCGCAGACGAGUUUCGCUCUCAGGAGAUUGACGGCCAGGCCAUGCUUCUGUUGAAGGAGGACCACCUCAUGAGCGCCAUGAACAUUAAACUGGGACCUGCACUCAAGAUCUUCGCACGCAUCAAUAUGCUCAAAGACUCUUAGCACGUGCAUUGAUCUUGAUGCAUCUUUUUGCAUUGUGUGCGUGUUUGUGUGAAAGAAGAGCGUAAAACAGGUAAACGGUGUCCUCAUAGCACUGACAACACGGACUGACUGCUGCACUAUGACCCCAUCACUACUGAAGCACCUCAAGCAAUAAAAGCCUGUGUUUUCAUGCACUCUGUCACUUCUGUGCUUUAAUCCAAUGAUUCUCACAUUGAAUGAGUGGAUAUCUGAUCUGGAUAAGGAACAAAGCAUGCAAAGGUGUCAGAGUACAUGCAUGCAGAACAUAUCGCAUUCAGGCUGCUAUAUGACUCACCAGACCUGGGGGGGUAUACUACGAAGCUAGUUCAACAGAGCCAGGGUUUCUUUUAGUUAGCUGGCUCCAUAAAACUAAAACACAGGGGAGUUUUGCGUAUCAUUUAACUCAUGAACCGCAUGAAUCGCCGUCUAAUUUCUGCCUUCAUAGGAAUUUUUAAAAAAUGAAUCACUGCAUAAGGCAACCUGAUGCUGAAAAAAGCGGGGAAUAUUGUAAAAGAUGUAUUUAUCGUGUCAUUUCAUGCUUUAUGUAUUUAAUUUACCUCUCGAUGCAAUCUGUGCCUCCCUUUAUGUCUGAUUUAACAACUGCGCAUUCUGCAGCUCCAAAGCAUGAGAAUUGUUUCCGCUCUGUGAUGACUAUAAAGGAACGCUAUUUAAGAACUAGUUAAAGAACAGCGGUUUUGGCUGAGUUCAAACCUAAAUGCUGAACAUAACCUAGCUAGGUUAAAAGAGAGCCAGCUUUUGCAUUAGGCUCAACAUACCUCGCUAACCCUCUAACCUUGCUUUGCAGUUUACCCCUCUGAUCUGGGUGUGGCCCUGCUUACAUGGUUUUCAGAUCUCAGCCAGGUGAAAUGCUUAAUAAUUGAGCAUUUAAAGCUCUUAUAAGGGAGUAAUGGUGGAGGGAAACGUAUCAUAGAAACGUGCGGAUUCGAGAUGCGACUUACACCUCUAACCCCAUAGUGCGCCCCGGUUAAACUGCAUAAUUGAAUGCAAAUCAAGACGUUGCAAGUUGAAAAAAGCACCUAACCAAGCUGCCACUCAGAAAGCUACAAAAACAUAAGUCAUUUUGUUUCACCGUUUGCAAUAACAGGUUUCUGAUUAAUACAGAGUGUGGAUUUAAAGGUAAUUUAUUAAAUGUCAUCAUCAAGAUAACACAUCUAAAUACAGACUCUUUGGAUUAUAGCAGGUGUAAACAGUCUCAGAUUUGGCCAGAGAAAGAAGUAAGUAAGAAGUAAAAACACAAAUGAAAACUCUUGAAAGGAAGGAGCCUGCCAAAGUGCACUACAUGCUCAGUGGGGUCUGGUUGGGGUCAUACUGCAGCACAGUCGUUGCUGAAUUAGGGCAUUAAUACAAACAUGAGUGAAUUCUGAAUUAAUUAAUAUUAUUAUUAUAUCAUUAGAGAUGUUUUUGUACAGUUUUGUUAGUGUGUGAAUGAAAGAGAGCCAUUUCUCUUUGUAUGUGUGGCAGGGAACAGAAGAUUGCAUUCAUUAAAAUGUUCUCAUUUUUAUUCAGCAGAUGCUCCUUUGCCUUUUCUCACAAUAAGACCCUCACUGCUCUGGAAUACAAAGCUUGAAUGCAGAGAAACCGUUUACGCAGUUUCUUUUGUGACAUCGAUUUUCCUUUCAUGAGAAACUCGCCGGUUUUUCCCCUGUAGAUUUUAAACUGCUUACAAAUCAUUUCUCACCGCUUUCUCAAAAUGAUUCACUAAAAUAAGACAUUGAUUUCUUGUCUCAGUUUCAUAGGAGGACACUAAGUUAUCUGAGGAACAAUUGAGGUGUGCUGCUCUCCUCACAAAACCCAACUUUUGGCACUUAUUUUCCUUUUUGUCUGCUUUAAUGUUUGAGACACUUCACCUGAAGUGAGGGCCGCAGUUGUGCAGAAAAGCAAACCCAUGUAUUUGUACAUAGAAGCUUGAACUACAUGUGAAACUGUCAUUUUUAAGUUAUCCUUGUUAUUUUAAAACAGAAAUGUAAUUAGUUUCAAUAUUUUUGAAAUAUGCAAAUGUAUAAAUAUCACGGCCUGGGAGUUGUUUUUUCCCCCAAUAUGUUCAAAUCUAUUUGUGUUUUGUCGCUGUGAUGGAAGGUCAACAUUUAUAGGUGAGGCUUUGUCAAAUGCUUGUAUUUAUCAAAACAGUUUGUUACGAAACAUUUUGCAAAUAUAAAUAAUUUGCAAUACAAA